AUGUCCCCGAAGUUUCCCACUCUCUUGACAACCCGAUGGUCUGCUUCUGACCCAUCGCUCCAGUAUCCAGUCUACAACCCCGCAACCGGUGACAUCAUCACCACCGUUCAAGCCGGCAACGAGGCCAGUGCCUACGGAGCAGUGCAAGCUGCACAAGCUGCCUUUGAAAAUGACUGGCGCUGGCGCAGCCCUAUGGAGCGCAGUGCGCUGCUCUUCGCAUGUGCCGACGCUCUGAGCUCUCACAAGGAGGAACUUGCCGAGAUUCUGUGCCUGGAGAACGGCAAGCCCUACGUCGACGCGCUCCAAUUCGACGUGAAUUUCCUUAUCGGGGUCUUUAAAUACUUCGCCAGUCUGGUCGACAAACUGCCCGGCGAGCACUAUGAUCAAGGACCCACUUGCUCGUCCGUAUACUACGAGCCGUUCGGCGUUUGUGCAGGCAUCGUUCCCUUCAACUGGCCGCCGAUACACACGGGCGGAAAAACAGCGCCAGCCCUGGCUGCUGGGAAUACCCUUGUCUUAAAGCCCGCAGAGCAGGCACCUCUGACAUUGAUACGUAUUGUGGAUAUCAUCUCCAAGGUCCUGCCCAAAGAUGUUGUGCAGGUCGUGCCGGGUCUGGGCACUACCGUGCCUCAAGCCCUUAUCAACCAUCCUCUUGUCAAGAUGGUCUCCUUUACAGGGAGUUCGCCUGCGGGUGCCAAGGUGGCAGAGGCAGCAGGCAGGAGCAUUAAGCCCGUAGUGCUUGAGCUCGGAGGUAAGAACGCCUUCGUUGUCUUUGACGAUGUGGAUCUCGACAAAGUCGUGCCCUCGGCGCUCGAAGGUGCAUUCUUCAACAAAGGAGAAGCAUGCACGGCUUCCUCACGAUUUCUUGUUCAGCGCAAAGUCUACGAUGAGUUUUGCUCGCGACUUGCUGCCGCAGUGAGGAAAGUGAAGUGUGGCAAUGGCAUGGAUCCCUCAACGCACGUCGGGCCGGUGGUUUCCAGGGCGCAGAAAGAACGUGUCGAAGGAUACAUUAAACUUGCUCAAGACAACUCACAAGUCUGCAUUGCUGCUCAGUCAGAGCUUCCAGCCGAUCCCAACUGCAAGAAUGGAUACUUUGUACCCCCGACGCUAAUCACAAAUGUCCCCCGAGGUCACAUUCUGGCCAAGGAUGAGAUCUUCGGACCGGUGGCGACUGUGACGCCAUUUGAUACGGAAGAAGAGGCAGUGUCUAUCGUCAACGAGUCGGAAUAUGGAUUGACAUGCGCUAUCUUCAGUAAAGACCACGAGACAUGUCUUCGGGUCUCCCGAAAAGUGGAUGUUGGUAUGGUUUUUAUCAACAACUACUAUAGAAACGUGUUGGGACAACCCUUUGGAGGAACUAAAAACACAGGCUUCGGUCGAGAACACUGCAUCGAGACGCUGAGAUCGUGGGCGCAGCCGAAGGUCGUCAAGCAGCCUUCGGGACUGGGUCCUCUGCCUAGCUGGAGGGCACUCAAGGAUGUCUUCUAG